GCAACACUCCCGCCGCACUUUGUCACCGUAAAACAAAAGUUUGCUCACUUUUUUUUUGUACUGAUAAUGGCAAAAUAGCUAAAGGUCACUUGGAGGCAGUUCGGAAUGCACAGUCGCCGAACUCGAUUAAAAAAUACAGCAGUUUAAUGUAGCUGGCGUCUGUAUUUUCGCCGAGAGGCAGAUUCGUGGUGACGGUUAAACAAGCUAGAAUUUUAUAGCACCUGAAGCUGAGUCGGAGUCUGGACUGAGUUUGCAGUGAGUGGAUUUGUCUCCACUCGUCUGCAGAGAGAAAAACACGUCCAACAUGCCAUCCAACAAAUCGGUGUCUGACGCUCCCAUCACUCAGUUCAUCAACUGCAGGAUACUGAGAGACCACAAGCUGCAGAGAGAGGACCUGUGGGUGCGUGAAGGGAGGAUUUUAGAUCCAGAGAAGUUGUUCUUUGAUGAGCAGGGUUACGCCGACAAGCAUGUGGACUGUGAAGGCAGCAUCAUCUCACCGGGCUUUAUAGACGUCCAGAUCAACGGAGGAUAUGGCAUCGACUUCUCUCAGGCCUCUGAGGACGUCAGAGCCGGAGUUUCCUUGGUGGCGAAAAAGGUCCUGGAGCACGGUGUGACGUCCUUCUGUCCCACGCUAGUCACCUCUCCCUCUGCUGUCUACCACAAGGUUUUGCCUCAGGUCAAAGUUCACAAUGGAGGACAACAUGGAGCUGGAGUUCUUGGUUUUCAUCUGGAAGGUCCGUUCAUCAGCGUGGAGAAGAAGGGAGCCCACCCGGAGCAGUACCUCCGCACCUUUCAGUCCGGAGGGAUUGAGGACCUGAUGGAGAUCUAUGGGAGCCUGGACAACGUUGCCAUGGUAACGUUGGCCCCUGAGCUGACCGGCAGCCUAUCAGUGGUGAGGGAGCUCUGCCACAGGGGCAUCACUGUGUCGUUAGGUCACUCAGUGGCCAACCUGUCUCAGGCUGAGCAGGCCGUUCAGAGCGGAGCCUCCUUCAUCACUCACCUCUUUAACGCCAUGCUGCCUUUCCACCAUCGAGACCCUGGAAUAGUGGGUCUGCUGACCAGUGAUCAGAUCCCCGCAGGCAGGACGGUCUACUACGGCAUGAUAGCUGAUGGGAUCCACACCAACCCAGCUGCCCUGCGUAUCGCCCACAGAGCUCACCCUUCAGGUUUGGUGCUGGUGACAGACGCCAUCACCGCGAUGGGUCUUCCUCCCGGGCGUCACACUCUGGGCCAGCAGGUCAUCGAGAUCCAGGGUCUCCACGCUUACGUGGCAGGCACUAAGACCCUCAGCGGCAGCAUAGCCACGAUGGACAUGUGUGUGCGUCACUUCAAACAGGCUUCAGGCUGCAGUGUAGAAGAAGCUCUGGAAGCUGCCUCGCUCCAUCCGGCUCAGCUUCUGGGCAUCAGCCACAGGAAGGGAAACCUGGACUACGGCUCAGACGCAGACCUCGUUUUGCUUGAUGAUGCUCUUAACGUCAAAGCCACCUAUAUUUCUGGAGAGGAGGUUUGGAGAAAAGGACAAUAGAAGAAGAAGCAGCUGUGCCGAUGGAAACUGGCCCGACAGCUGGGACCCUCCGUUCAAUCAGGGGACGCCGUUUCCCACAGGACCACAAAUCUGUUGAAUGCUUUAGUUCAUCAGGACACAGCAGAGUCCAUCUUCUGCUCUACAUCCUCCUCCUCCAUUCAGAAGACUGAAGUUUAGGUAUUUUUACCCACGCUGACCACGUGACUCUGCAGUCGCAGCGUCUGUCAGCGUGUGUCAGUGUCUGUCCAACACUUUGGUCCAGAGGGAAAUAACAAACAAAACUUCAUGUUCCUCAGAGGAUGAAUCUUAAAUACUUUGCUGAUUCCCUGACUUUUCAUGUAACGGAACCAAACAAACUGUAAAGCUUUUGCUACACGAGUGAUAAAGGUUUAACGGCAGCGAAGUCGUCCGUGAUUCAUCCGCGCAGCAACGAGGAUCGCAGCCUCUCUGGGCUGCAGACCUGUACUUUGAUUUUCAGGAGUUCUGAAUGUGACUCAUAGUACUAUCACCUGAAUGUCAGUGGGUGUGAGGAGAUAACAUGAGUUGUUCAAGGUUUUAUGAAUGAUUAUACACAGACUGUGAGAGACAGAGUUUUAUUUGCCCGUAUACAGAUCCACAUUCCUUAUUUGACUUUAAUCACACGACACACAUGUGAUUUAAUAGACAUUUCAUAAUCAGCUCAGAGUCGUUUGAAAUGUGACAAUGGGCCCAAACCAGGCACUGUUUUUCUAAGAGGUCACAAGCCAAAAGGUUUGGGAGCCACUGGUUUAAUCUUUGGACAAUGUGCUGUGUUCUUUGAGCAUAAAAUAUUUUCUAUACAAGAUGUUAAUCUGAUUAAAACGUACAAUAGUUCCCGGACAUUGAGCUAAAUAAAAAAAAUGUGGUGGAGAACAAGUAUAAAUUAGCCUAAAAUGGAGCUGAUGGUUUUGCUAACGUGGUGAAUUAGCUCUGGGUUUAGCCUGUAUUUGUUCCCACUGUGGAGAAUGAAGUUUGCAGUUAGGAGUUCCUGUUUGUUACACCAUUAGAUUUACUGACAAUUUCCUCUGAAACGUUCACAGAGAAGAAAACUUAAAAAUCUGACUAUUGUGAACCAAGUUCUGUCUUUUUCUGUGAUCUCUGAGCGGAUAUGGACGUUUAGCAUAGCUCAGUUUACACCACGUUUAAUGGCGGGACAAAAAAAAAAACCCAAUUCAUUUCUACCUUAUGAGAACAAAGUUUUUAACAGGUGUUUGUAUCUGUGUGAAUCCUUCUACACCAAGAACCACGACUUUAAAACCCAACGGAAGAACUUUUAAUCGGAUCGGGACCGUGAGCGUCUCCCACAGACAAACCGUCCUCUGGUGGAUCGUUUAUGAGCCGAAUUAACAGCAAAGGCCCGGUGAUUAAUCAGAAACACGCAGAUCACGUUUAAUGAGUUCUUUUAAUUAUUUUUUGCGAGCGAAACAAGUUGUCAAAGAGUGAUGGGGGCUUUUGAACGGUGAUUACAGGUCUGUACAAAAACGGAAAUGUAUUUUUUCUGUAAAUAAAGUGCAGCUCGGAGCAUGA